UGAGCCAGAGAUGCCUGGUGUUAGUGACAUAAGUUCGGUAACUUGUACGCACGCGCACAAUGACGACACUGUAGAAGGCCAAAAAUCUCUUUUCGACCCUUGUUUAUCACGAUCAAUUUACAGUAUGGGGCGUCACCAGGAGAACCCAGUGCGGCUGUAUUUUCACUAUGACCCCAUCGCUAACAAGUCUCGUUGCCAAAUCGACGGAUGCACUGGCGAGAUUGCAGGAAACCAUGCUGGCAAUUUACAGCGGCACGUCCAGAGGAUCCACCCGUCUGCUUUUGCAAGACUGCUCUCCUCCAUAGACAUGGAAGAUCUUUCAGUGCCGUCCUCUUCUUCAGCAAAGAGACCCUUUUCAGCAGUGGAUAGUGAACGGACGAUAGACUGUAUACAAGACACUGAAGUCGUCAAGAAACCUAGAAGUGAACAGUUCUACAUCACACCCAAUUCCCUAAUGGAGGCCUGUGUUGAGCUUGUUACUGUUAAUGGCAGGCCAUUCUCUCUGAUGGAUGAUAGUGGGUUUCGAAAAAUUCUGGAGCCUGUGCUUGAUAUAAUGGGCAAAUCUGUUCGAAUUGACAGCAGCAGCGUCCGUGACAUGGUUUGUGACGUUGCCGAAAGAGAACGCGAAAAUCUCAGAAACUGGCUGAAGGGAAAACUUUUAAUGCUGAAAGUAGACGCUGCCACAUACAGAGACAGGUCUGUCCUUGGCAUCCACGUCCAGUUUACUGAGGGAGAUCACAUUGUGCUCCGAACUCUGGCGGUUAAGGAGCUGCGUGAAAGGCACACGGGCAGCUACAUUUCUUCAGUGGUGCGUGAAGUGUUAAAGACCUACGGCAUUGACGUAAAGCAGUUGUACUCCAUCACUGUUGACGAUGGAGUAACAAUCCCAGAAGUGGUGUCACUGCUUCAGAACGGGUACGCUGAAUGCAGUGGAGACGAUUCAGUGGAGGUGGAAGACCAGCAUGACAAAGAGGAGCAUGCUACAGAAGUGAACGACCCAUUAGCAUGGGGCAACGGAGACGGUCUUCUCACUUUGGACAUCUACGAGACGUCCGGGAACGUGACGGGGGAAAUUCAUAGCGUCGGCAGCGGGGGUCCGAUCUUGAGAGGCGUGAGGUGCUCUGCUCACGUGUUCCACUUGGCGGUGGAUGAUGCGCUACAGGACAGAAGCGUCUCCAGCCUCGUUUCCAAGGCGAGGCGCCUGAGCGAAAAGCUGCAAACGCCCAAUGUCUCCGUGUUUCUGCGGAGGCUGGGCCAGAGGACGGCGACUGUGGACCGCCCCUCCGCUUGGCUUUCCACCCACGACAUGCUCGAGCGGCUCUGUGAGCUGAAGACCUUCUGUCAGGACAUGGCCCCCAGCAUCGAGGAGCUGCACUUGGAAGGGUCAGAGUGGGAGGAGAUGGUGCUGCUGGUUUACGCUCUCAAACCCGCCAAAGUGACCGCGAGGCUCUUCCAGUGCGAGCAGCUGACCGCGGGGGACUUCUUCGGCGCGUGGCUCAAAUGUAAGAUCGAAACGGACAAAAUCGGCGGCCCGUUCGCCACGCUGCUGGUCGAAUGCUUAAACCGGCGCCAGCACAUGCUGUUUGAGAACGAGCCCUUCUUGGCGGCUGUGUUCCUCGACCCACGUUACAAGGUGCUCCUCACAGAAGGCCAGACGGAGCAGGCCAAGAGCCGCCUGUGCAAGGCGUGGGGAAUGAUCCAGGCCCUCUCGCAAAACAAGCAGCAGUCUCCUCUGUCGAAGCUGGACCUGGAGUGCAGCGCGAGUGAUGCCGACGAUGAAAUAGAAGAGAUGCUGAGAGCGAGGGAGAGGGAAAAUGGCGACGAGGGCACGAAAUGCAAAACCUUGAUGAUGUCCAUGCUGAACGCGUAUUCCAGCGAAGCCAGGCUAAAGCGGGAAGAGAAUAUAUUCAGAGAGAUGGCGGAGUGCACGACUCUAGACAGCCUACUGGAAAUGGGCUUCGAACGAAACAGAGCGGAGAAGGCUCUGGCAAACACUGGGAACCAGGGUAUAGAGAGAGCCAUGGACUGGCUGAUGGAACAUGAGAAUGACCCAGAUAUUGAUGAGCCAUAUGUGCCUCCAGUAGGGAAUGUUCUAGGAGGUGAGAGCGAACAGAGUCCACCUGAAGAAAGCCCAGAACAAACCACAGGAGAAGAGGGAGAAAUGAAACAGGACGGUAAGAGACCAAUGACAGAGGAGGAGAAACAGGCGCAGAUUAAGAGGCUGGAAGAACUGAUGAAGAUAAAGCAGGAGGAGCGGAGAGAGAGGGAGCGUCAGGAGGAGGUGGAGAGGGAGAAGCAGAGGCGGAAGCAGGGUCAGGAGCUGCUGCAGGUCCGGCAGAAGCUGCAAGACGAGGAAAUGAAGAAGCUGGCCGAUCAGCGCAGGAAGGAGAAGAUGGAGGACCGGAUGGCCAAGCAACGGGUUCGAGAGAAGAUUGCCCGGGACAGAGAGGAGAGGGCACAGAAGUUUGGAGGUGGCUCUUCGGGGGCAGUUCCGUCCUCACCCCCCGCUGAAGCUGUCCCCUCUUCUCCUCCUGGCAAUCAGGGACCCCCACCGGCUAAGAAGGACUACGAUGAAUGCCGGAUACAGGUGCGCCUGCUGGACGGUUCCGUGCUAACGGCUGUGUUCAAAGCCCAGGAGCCCCUGGCCGCGGUGCGGGUGUACGUGCAGAUGAACGGGGUGGAAGGACAGGACUUCACCCUGCUCUCACCUUACCCACGCCGCGUCUACACCGACUUGGACAUGGAAAAACCCCUGCGGGAACUGGGUCUGGUGCCAUCUGCUGUCCUCGUUGUUGCCAAGAAAUGAGAUGGACAGAAAAAAGAAACUCUGAGCUCUCCCUCGCCCUUCUAG